ACCACGGGAAUGCCACGGGAAAACCACGGGAAAACCAGGGGGAAACCACAGGAAUGCCACGGGAAUUCCGGGGGAAAACCACGGGAAUUCCAUGGGGAAACCAUGGGAAAACCACGGGAAUUCCAGGGGAAAUCACGGGAAUUCCACGGGAAAACCACGGGAAUUCCACAGGGAAACCACGGGAAAACCACGGGAAUGCCACGGGAAUUCCAGGGGAAAACCACGGGAAAACCACGGGAAAAGCACGGGAAAACCACGGGAAUUCCACAGGAAAACCACGGGGAAAACCACGGGAAUUCCAGGGGAAAACCAUGGAAAUUCCAUGGGGAAAACCACGGGAAUUCCACGGGGAAACCACGGGAAUGCCACAGGAAUUCCGGGGGAAAACCACGGGAAUUCCAUGGGGAAACCACGGGAAUUCCAUGGGGAAACCACGGGAAUGCCACGGGAAAACCACGGGGAAAACCACAGGAAUUCCAGGGGAAAACCGCGGGAAUUCCACGGGGAAACCACGGGAAUUCCAUGGGGAAACCACGGGAAUUCCAUGGGGAAACCACGGGAAUUCCAUGGGGAAACCACGGGAAUUCCACGGGAAUUCCAUGGGGAAACCACGGGAAUUCCAUGGGGAAAACCACGGGAAAACCACGGGAAAACCACGGGAAUGCCACGGGAAUCCCGGGGGAAAUCACGGGAAUUCCAGGAAUCCCAGGGGAAAUCACGGGAAUCCCACGGGAAUCCUUCACCACCAUCAGGAAUUCCGGGAAUCCCCUGGGAACCCCUGAGCAUCCCCGGGAAUCCCCCAGGAAUCCCUCAAGACCCUCAGGAAUUCCGGGAAUUCUCUGGGAAUCCCUCAGCACCCUUGGGAAUCCUUCAGCGCCCCCGGGAAUUCCAGGAAAUCCCCAGGAAUUCCAGGAAAUCCCCAGGAAUUCCGGGAAACCCCCGGGAACCCCUCAGCACCCUCGGGAAUUCCAGGAAUUCUCUGGGAAUCCCUCAGCAUUCCCAGGAAUCCUUCAGCACCCUUGGGAAUCCUUCAGUGCCCCCGGGAAUUCCAGGAAAUCCCCAGGAAUUCCGGGAAACCCCCGGGAAUCCCUCAACAUUCCCGGGAAAUCCCCAGGAAAUCCCCAGAAAUCCCCAGAAAUUCCCGGGAAUUCCCAGAAAUCCCCUGAAAUCCCCAGAAAUUCCUGGGAAUUCCCAGAAAUUCCCUGAAAUCCCC